GGGGGAAACCAAUUGCGCGUUUGAUAUCAUCUAUCUCUCACUUCCAAGUCGAUAUAGAGCUAACUUGGACCGCGAGAAGGCGAUACAGCAGCCUCCUGAUACUCGUGUGUCACGUCGGUCGAUUCUCAAGUAUCGACAUAACCCUCACUCCCUGCCCCUCGCACCACGCCCCCCUCUUUCAAAAGUGACAGAAAUCACACGACACACGCCACGAACAUCCGGAAGGGCUACCCUUCUUUUCUCAUUUAUCCUUGCUGUGACCUUUCCUGUUCACCAUCGUGUCUGCACAAUCGACGAACGUGAAUGGAUUGUAGUGCCAUUGCUCCUCUCUCGCGCACAUCUCACGAUGAUCUCUGCACCUCCAUCGCCUCACAAGAUUCAUUCGCUUCCAGUCAUCAUCAAUUAUAAUAUUCCAUCCACUUCACAGACUUUCAGCACAUUGUUCCCUAGUCUACAUCAAGUUUACGUUCAUGCCAAUUCUGCUGCAUCAUCUGUCCAGGGGAGCGAAGAUCUCUGCGGAUCAAUCUACCUCAAAACGGUAGUCCAAGGUGUCGUGACGGCAAGUCCCGAGCUUCACCCUCUUCACCCUUCCACCCCGGAUCUCCCACUCUACAUCUUUGACCCUCGCGAGACAUCCCUCAGACGAUCACGCGUUUCCUCUUCACUCCCUCCGCAUCUCCGAUCCUCCAUCGCCAGUUCACCCACCUCCAAUCCAUCUUCGCCUGCACCUUCAUAUCAUCUUCAACAGGCCGUUCCCGCUCCUCAAGAUGUCUGGACAGGCAAAGGAUUGGUUUCGUGGGCCCUUGACGAGCCAGGACUGGGGAAGCAACUCAUCACGGGUCGAAUCGUUUGCAAUUCCACCUUCGCUACUGUCCCCGCUGAUGACGUCGCGGGUGGAUCCGGACUGGGUGCUUUGGCUGCUUUGGUGGAUAGAGAGCAGCAGGGAGAAGCUUGGGGCAUCGAAAUUUCACUCUGCCUCAAGAGUGGGAAUGGACCCAUUGGGUUCCCGUCCUUCGCGGAGACUAUACCUAUGGUCGCACCUGUGACUCGUUCUACAGUUCCCGCUUCACACCACCGUCCAGCUUCCUCGGCUCCACAGACACAGCGAGUCGCGGUCAAACCUCCUCAGGUGGUAUCGCGACCACCAACCAAACCUCUGUCUCCAUCACGACGCGUCAACUUCACUCCGAUCAACCCUCGUCCGCCUGUCAGGAGGAUGACAUCUAAUGCAUCAACUGGACGGAAGAAGAAAUGCACGGAUACAUCUCAUGCGCAUUGUGCUUCACAUCCUCAUCCGCAUGUUCAUCCCCGUUCGACGCGUCCACCGAGCAAUGGAGGUUCUGAGCUCGCCUCCUCAUCGAGCUCAAGUCAGGCUCACUCCAGCGACAAUGAAUCAUUCCCUGGGGACAUUCCCGCAACUCUGUAUUCCAAUCCGGAUACUUUGACGAAGGAUCAAGCAGAGCGACUGAUAGCGUCGCCCGCUUUUCUCAACAUGCUCUCCAAAUUGACGGGACGACCAAUCAAUGCGACCGACGAUAGUGCCACCAGGAGGAUCCGAAUGAGUCGUAAAAGACCAGCUGAGGAAUUGUUGAAGAAGGACAGCGACGAGUCAGUGAAAAAGGCGAAGCAGACUAGCGUCAGGCCAGAAACAGUUGCCGGACCUAGUGCGAUGACUGAGAAGAAGACACCUGCAAGGGAAGAGAGCAGCUCCAAUGCUGCUUUGAAAUGCUGGAACUGCGGAAGGACGAAGAGUGCCGUUUGGCGAACAAAGGUCAUGGAGAACGGUGAUUCGGUCCGCGUCUGCAACGCUUGCGGCCUCUACUGGAAUAAGCUGCAUGUCAUGCGACCACCUUCCAUGUGGCAGGGAGUCGACGAGACACCGAAGUCUAUCCCUCGACGAAAUGCCUCUACAGCUGCGGACAAACCAGCUUCGCGCAUCGAUGCCAAUGCUGGCAAUAGCAAUGGUGGUUUGAAACGAACGCUGUCAGUCGCAGUGGAGCAAGAUGCGAAACGACUGGCGCAAGCUCGGGCCAGGCCCAAGACGAUGCUUGACGUCGCCAAGGCGCGAGUCAUGGCUGCCUCUUCACCUGUCCGACCACCACCCACCAAGACACCUGAUGCUAUCCAGAAUGCUGCUGAAGGAUCUCGAUGGGCGACUCAGCCAGUCGCUGCUAGCUCGCCAGGCUGGACUCGACCUUCCACACCGCCUAUGAGCGCGGGUGACAACUUCAAUCCUGUUCAGCAAUCUUCCGCCAUUCUCGAUACCCCGAACACUCACGUUCGAAAGAUCCUAGGACCGGCAGUACAAUCGCUCGGGAUGCCAUCACUGGAGCUUCCGCUGUCCGACGAUGGAAGAGAGCAGGCUCAGGGCGCCACGGACCCACUGGCUGGGAUUGACUGGAGCACCGACCUUUCUGCCUUUUUCGACCUGGAAGGCUUCUCCUUGCCUCAGGAGCCGCAGAUCGGUCACGAAGUGACCCACAUUCAGUCCGACGUCAUGGAGCAAAGUACUAUAGAACCAAAGAACCAGUCCGACGGAAAUACCGAGCGAAGUGACGAUGUCAUCUCUCAGCUGUUCAACGCCACGUCAUCUGUUGGCGAUGGAUCUUCUCCUAACCGAUUCGACUGGUCAACACUGCCACCUUCCUCCCCGCCCAUCAUGUCUUCUUCCGAUCUAGGUCACUCCGCGCUCUUGUUAUCGAGUCCCGUUGUGUCGCCUUGGGACCGCAAGCCAAGUCCGGCAAAGAGCUCAAAUAUAUCCACUGCAUUCACACCUCUUUCAGAGGCGUCCAACGACAUGGUCAGAUCUUGUUCUGAUGUGGGCCCGCUGAGACCGACUCCGCGUGACGUGUCAGGAGACUCAAAGGUGUCCAUCCAAUCGACGACAAGUCACUCGUCUCUAUCGGCGACGGUGGAGACGGAUUAUUCUAGACACGAGUACGAAGGAAAGAAUAUGGAAGAAUUGUGGGGUCAAAUGUUGGCUCAGCAUGCGCAGUCGGACCAAGCUGGUCCAGGCGUGCAGUCGAGCGCUGGCGCCGCGGAGGGGAUGUUGGACGAUGACAUGAUUAGAUUUCUGCUCUGAUGCAGCAGGCGAGCAAAACGACCGAUAAAAUGCUUUCUACAGAGAUGGUUUUCACUUACGAUACCAUUCCAAUGACCUUUUCACGUAAAUCUCACGUACAGCACGAUGCAUUACAGUCC